AUGGACCAACAGCAUCCCCAGGUCCGCGGGCGAUCGCUCUCGGCAGCAUCUACCGGCGGCGGAGAUGCGGCGCAUCAGCCACGCCAUAUAAGUAACCAUUCUCCGUCGCCUGCCCGCUUCCCCAAUCCGAACGAAGCCGGAUCGUCACCUCUUGGUCUUGGUCUCGGUCCUGUCGAGUCUGCCGCCCACCAGUUUUCCGGAAACCAGUCCGACUUCUCGGCUUAUGAUGCCAACGCGGGCAGCUUCCUGAGUAACCAGCAGCCUUCGCCCCAGCCCUUCUCCCAGCCUGGCCUCACCGAUCCAUCCGCUAUCGCCGCCUUCGACUUGACUGGAAGCUUUUCGUCCCAGACGCAGCAGCAGCAGCCUUCUGGUCUGUUGGCGCCGACCUUUGGCGACGCCGACUUCACUAUCUUCCCGCCUACUCCGGGUGAGCCACAGUACACCACGCCUCUUUUUGCUGCCGACAGUCAGCAGCAACUGUCUCCCCCGGAUCCUAACAUGAUGGCACAAUCACCGUCCUUCAACCAGCACCAGUUCCCAAGCCCACCUGGGAGACACUCAAGAAAUGUCUCGCUUGGUCCAGAGGCUGCUCUCCGGCGAGGACAGGACUGGAGCCCCAGCGGUCCUCAAUUCCAAACACACAGACGCAGCCCGUCAGAAUACUCUGACGUCUCUUCCGCCGCGCCCUCUCCCCAUCUAGCCAGCUCAGACACUUUCGACCAGAUUGACCACAGCCAUUCGCCAAUGCAACGGCCGCAGGACGCCGCCCUGUUUCACGAGCUACACGGCAUUGGAAGCUUUAGCAUCUCCGAUUCCGGGGCGCAUUCUCCCGGGCACGCUAGGAGUCCGUCUCAUAGCCCGGCCAUCUCGCCGCGCAUACCGCCACAGCAGCUCCCUGACAUGGGCCAGCAGGGUCAUUUCAUGCUACAGACGCAGAACAAUGGCUUUGGCCCGCCGUCGUACUUGCAGGCUCCGCAAGAAGCAUUCCCCCAACUCCCGCAAGAGACCCAGGAAAUGCAGCAGGGGGGGAUGCCCGCUCCACCGUCCAUCAACAUUGACUUCGCGCCAACAGCCGUGAGAACCGGGUUUGAACCUCCAAAGCUUGAUGUAGACUCGUUAACGCCCCCAGAGCGAGGUUCGUUGCUCUAUCUGCCCGUGUGUGAGCGUAGAAGACUAACUAUGCCAUUAGGGCGACCAAGAUCGCGGCCGCGCGCUGCCACUGAUAUAGGCCCCUACAAUAACGGCGGUGCUCUGCUUAGCAGUCACCGCAGCCCUUCGGUCUCGGGAGGUCUUUCUCCUGAUUCUGCCGCCGACGCACGCUCCGACUCGUCCCGUUCGUUGUCCCCUCUCGACCGCACAGGCGGCUCGGGUAGGCGGCGUCAGUCGACCUCGGCGGUUCCAAACAACGUGAUUGCUCUUCGUCUAGCCGACCCCGACUACAACGGCGCCGGCGGGCAAGGGGAAGCUGGUGCAGGCGGCUCGAAACGAGUCCAGAAACACCCCGCAACGUUUCAAUGCUCCUUAUGCCCCAAGCGCUUCACGCGAGCAUACAACCUGCGGUCGCACCUCCGGACGCACACAGACGAACGGCCGUUUGUAUGCACCGUCUGCGGCAAAGCCUUUGCACGUCAGCACGAUCGCAAGCGGCACGAGGGUCUCCAUUCCGGAGAGAAGAAGUUUGUCUGCAAGGGCGAUCUCAAAAGCGGCGGACAAUGGGGCUGCGGUCGACGAUUCGCCCGCGCGGACGCGCUGGGCCGCCAUUUCCGCUCCGAGGCUGGACGCAUCUGCAUAAAACCGCUCUUGGACGAGGAGAUCCACGAACGGCAGCGGGCGUGGAACGAGCAGCGGGUGCAGCAGGCCGCCUCGCAGGGCAUGGUCAUGCAGUCCCCGGGCAUGAUGAUGCCGCCCGGCAUGGACCCCAACGCCCCGGCCGGGUACCCGAUGGAUGCCAGCGGGAACUACGCGCUGCCGCAGGCACUGCUGGCGCAGUAUCCCGCCCUGGCGCAAAUGAAUUGGUCGGGCAACGGCAUGGAGGAUGAUUUGAGCGGCGGAAGCGGCUUUGAUGCCAGUGAUUAUGACGACGGCGACGAUGGAGGCUACGUCAGUGGACCUGGCACCGGGUUUGGGCCUGGCGGCAUGCAAGAGGGCUUUGGUGAGAUGGGGUAUGCGAGUGACUAUGGCGGACGUUGA